AUGACGACCAUGAAAGUAUGGCGACUGCUGGAGAGACAGCCGACAACUGGAAAGACAGGGUGCCCGAGAGGGGGGGAGGAUGAGCACCCCAACAGGACGGACAAACAGGCAACGACCCAUGCUAACGGAAAAACGACGAUGAGCGCAGUCUGUUCAUGUGGCAAAGUCUGCAAGAACCCACGUGGUCUGAAGAUCCACCAGACCAAAAUGAAAUGUUUGACGGGGACGCAGGUGGUGCAACGCACGGGUCCAGUACCUGGUGAGACGCAGGAGGAGCCCGGCCGGGAGUCAACCCACAGUGCCCAGACCCUCCACGCCCCACAAGCCCCACCCCGUGUCAGGCAUUCUGAACACCGUCGGGUCAUGUGGCCUUCUGCCAACAAGGAAAGAGAGUGGAUCCAGUUCGAUGAAGACCUGGACCAAGUCCUCGAGGCUACUGCAAGGGGAGUUGCUGACCAGAAGUCCGCAAUGAUCACCAGCAUCGGUGCUGAAAGGUUUGGCUUAAAGGAACAGCAGGCAACCAGAGGUCUAGGGGAACCAAACAGACGGGAGGUGAAGAUCCGUCAGCUUCGGCAGGAACUUAGACUGCUUGGACGGCAGUUUAAGCAGGCAAGGGAGGAGGAGAAGGCUGGGCUGGUAGAGCUCCGUAAUACCCUGAGGAAAAAACUCACCACCCUCCGUCGAGCCGAGUGGCAUAGAAGGAGGGGUAGGGAGAGAGCCAGGAGACGUGCAGCCUUCAUCUCAAAUCCCUUUGGUUUCACCAAGAAGAUCCUAGGCCAGAAGAGAAGUGGCCACCUUGCCUGCACUGAAGAUGAGGUUAACAAGUACCUCAGUGCCACCUACAGUGACAGUGCAAGAUUGGAGGAUCUUGGGCCAUGCAGGACCUUGAUAACUCCGCCAGAACCCACCUCAGCAUUUAACACCAAGGAGCCAGCUUUGAAAGAAGUUGAGGAGGUUGUCAAGGCAGCUAGAUCCAGUUCAGCACCAGGCCCCAGCGGAGUGCCAUACGUCGUCUACAAGAGAUGCCCCAGACUCUUGAAGCGACUAUGGAGGAUCCUCAAAGUCAUCUGGAGAAGGGGGAGGGUGGCCUGGCAGUGGAGACACGCAGAGGGUGUCUGGAUUCCAAAGGAGGAGAACUCAGCUACCAUCGAGCAGUUCAGGAUCAUCUCACUCCUCAGCGUCGAGUGCAAGAUAUUCUUUAGUAUUGUUGCCCGGCGCAUGACGGAGUUCCUCCUGAGGAACAGUUACAUCGACACCUCUGUGCAGAAGGGGGGAGUCCCAAAGGUUCCAGGAUGCAUUGAGGGAGGAGUCGUCACCCAGCUGAUCCGGGAGGCACGGGAGGGCAAAGGAGACCUGGCAGUCCUCUGGCUCGACCUUGCCAACGCCUACGGGUCCAUUCCACACAAGCUGGUGGAAACCUCGCUCGACCGGCACCACGUUCCAGGCAAGAUCAAGGACCUCAUACUGGACUACUACAGCUGCUUCAGUUUGAGAGUCACUUCUGGAACAGUAACAUCCACGUUUCAUCGGCUUGAGAAGGGCAUUAUCACAGGAUGCAUCAUUUCUGUGAUAUUGUUUGCCUUGGCCAUGAAUAUGUUGGUGAAGUCAGCAGAGGUGGAGUGCAGAGGCCCACUCACCAACUCAGGUAUGCGGCAGCCCCCUAUCAGAGCAUUUAUGGAUGAUCUGACAGUGACUACAACAUCAGUCCCGGGUUGUAGAUGGAUCCUCCAAGGCCUUGAGCAACUCAUUGGCUGGGCCCGAAUGAACUUCAAGCCAGCCAAGUCCAGGUCCCUGGUGGUGAAGAAGGGGAAGGUUACAGACCGGUUUCGCUUCUCAAUAGGGGCCACCCAGAUUCCAUCUGUGGGAGAGAAGCCAGUUAAGAGUCUGGGCAAGAUCUAUGACUGCACCCUGAAGGACACCGCUGCACUCCAAGCAACAUCAGAGGAGUUGGGAACCUGGCUGACAGCAGUGGAUAAGUCAGGGCUACCAGGCAAGUUUAAGGCCUGGAUCUACCAACAUGACAACUUGCCACGACUCCUCUGGCCACUGCUGGUCUAUGAUGUGCCGAUGACCACCGUCGAGUGCUUCGAGAGGAAGGUAAGCUCUUUCCUACAGAAGUGGUUGGGCCUACCACGAAGCCUCAGCAGCAUCGCCUUGUACGGGAGGAACAACAAGCUGAAACUGCCCUUCAGUAGUCUGACGGAGGAGUUUAUGGUUACCCGAGCAAGAGAGGUGCUGCUGUAUAGGGACUCUAGUGACAUCAAAGUCUCCUCGGCUGGCAUUGAAGUGAGGACCGGCAGGAAGUGGAAGGCCCAAGACGCAGUCGACCAGGCUGAGUCCCGCUUGCGGCACAGUUAGCUGGUGGGUACAGUGGCAUCUGGACGGGCAGGACUUGGGAGCAACCCAAGACCGUCCUACAACAAGGCCCAGGGGAAGGAAAGGCGUCAGCUGAUCCAGGAGGAGGUCCGAGCAGGGGUGGAGGAAGCCCACUGCAGUAGGACAGUAGGGAUGCGGCAACAGGGGGCGUGGACCCGAUGGGAGGAGGCAGCUGACCGGAAGGUAUCGUGGACAGAGCUAUGGCGAUCUGAGCCACACCGGAUCAAGUUUCUCAUUCAGUCGGUGUACGACGUCCUCCCGAGCCCAUCCAACCUCUUCCGCUGGGGCUUGGCCGAGAAUCCACUGUGCCCUCUCUGCCAAAGAACUGGAUCGCUGGAGCACAUCCUGAGCUGCUGCCCUAGGGCUCUGGGAGAGGGGCGUUACCGCUGGCGCCAUGACCAAGUGUUGCGGGUCAUCGCAGAGGCCAUCAGCACAGGGAUCUCCACCAGUAAAGGCCAACAACCAACAAGGCAGUCCAUCGCCUUUGUUAGGGCUGGGGAGAAGCCGCAGCAGUGCCGGAGUCAAGCAGGGGGGCUGCUGGCGACAGCUCGGGACUGGCAGCUGAAAGUCGACCUAGGAAGACAGCUCAAGUUCCCGGAGAACAUCGCAGCAACCACACUCAGGCCAGAUAUGGUCCUGGUGUCAGAAACAACGAGACAAGUGGUCCUGCUGGAGUUGACUGUUCCCUGGGAAGACCGGAUGGAGGAGGCCUUUGAGAGGAAGAGGGCCAAGUAUGAGGAGCUGGCAGGUGAAUGCCGUAGCAGGGAAUGGAGAACCCGAUGCAAUCCCAUUGAGGUCGGGUGCAGAGGAUUCGCCGGCCAGUCUCUCAUCAAGGCACUCAAGAUGCUGGGUGUGAAGGGACUGCAGAACAGAAGAGCCAUCAAGAACAUCACUGACGCAGCAGAAAAGGCGUCUAGAUGGCUGUGGAUCAAGCGGGGCGAUCCGUGGACCACACGUGCUACUUAGACACAAGCCGGGACUGAUCACCCUGGCUGGGUCGCCUGGGCGAGGGUAUUCGUACCUGGGCCCUGGUCACCCUGCAGCACCACCUGUGGGCCUGGCAGGCAAACUCGGGAGGUGAAGUGCCGGGUGAUGCUUUCAUUCACCAAGACGGAGGUGGACCUUCCAGAAGAAGAGUGUGACAAGGACAGACCCCACCUGGAGAGGCCCUGUAACCAGGAGCCAUGUACCCAAGUUUCGGGCAUCUCUUCAGGCCUUCACGAUCAUGGGGCCUCCUACAUCCAGAUGGAUGAACUGUACAGCUGGGACUACAGGAGCUUCACUGCCUGCUCAGCUACGUGUGCUGCCGGGAAGCAGACAGCAGUUGUGAGGUGUGUUAACAGAAAGCAAGGUGAUGAGGUGGAGGACUCGCUGUGUGAUUCAUCCAGCAGGCCUCCAGUAAUGUUCCGCAUCUGUAACCCUGAACCGUGCCCCCCGAGAUGGGAGGUGACAGCAUGGACCAGCUGCUCUGCAUCCUGCGGCGUUGGAAUACAGACCAGGAGUGUGUUUUGCAUGCGUCUGUUGUCUGUUGACCAGCAGGAUAUUCUGACUGUUUCAGAGGAAGAGUGCAGGGAAUUCAAACCUGCCAUCCUGCAACCCUGCAACCAGGUUGACUGUCCUCCAGCCUGGGAGACCGAACCUUGGCAACUGUGCUCCCAGUCCUGUGGUGGGGGUGUCGAGGUGCGGAAGGUCUACUGUAAGCAGCUCUUGUCUACAGGGGCCUAUAGGAGGCUGGGAGACACAGCCUGCUGGGGGGGCAAACCUGCCACUAACAGAGGCUGCAGCAGCACUGAUUGUCUGCCCUACAUGACAGCAGGAGAAUGGGGAAAGGGCCUCCUUUACUCUCUGUCCACCCCAGAAUUGGAGGCAAUGGACCAAUACAUCCAGAGCUCCUUGACCACCAGCCUCAUCCAUCCUUCUUCCUCCCCUGCAGGUCCAGGAUUCCUCUUUGUGGAUAAGAAGGAUAAGACCUUGCACCCCUUCAUUGACUACAGAGAACUCAAUGAAGUCACCAUCAAGAGCUGCUUUUGA